GUCACCACCACCACGGUGGAUCGGGAAUGUGGAGCUCCACCGUGGACGUAAUACUAUAGAUAAGCAGGUUGUCCUCACGAGCAAUACUAAAAGAAAAAGGGCUCUUAUACUGCGUGUAAUUGUCCACCUCAGACUUCGCAAACAACUGAACAGCGCGGAGAAGGAAAAUGGCAGGACCGCAGAUUGGAUGGUAAUUCCCUGCCGCGCGAUGUGAGGAUAGGGCUGACAUUGCCAAUGCUCAGGAUCGGCCUUGGGUCUAUGGGCUUGAAUAUGUCAUUGAACUUGCAAAAUCACCUCUCAAAAACAGGUGGCCUCCCAUUGGUGUUCACGAAUCGAACAUUAUCCAGAGGGGCGCCUUUGGAGGCAAUAGGGGGCAAGUCUAUGGCGACCGUCGGGCAGGUGGUUCAAGCCUCGGAUAUUAUAUUUUCUUGUCUUAGCAACGACGAAGCCCUCACCGAAACGAUAAACACCGCUAUCGCAUCUGGCCCAACAGAAGGCAAGACAUUCGUUGACUGCUCAACAGUCCACCCAGAAACAACAAUCAGACUAGCAGAAACAGUAUCCAACACAAAAGCAACAUACGUCGCAGCCCCCGUAUUCGGAGCCUCGACCGCCGCCGCAGCCGGCCAGCUCAUAUUUGUCACGGCAGGACCGGCGUCCUCAAAGCAGAAGAUAACCCCUUACAUGACCGGCGUGAUGGGUCGCUCAAUCAUAGACCUUGGCGAGAGCCAGGAAAAAGCUAGUUUAAUGAAAAUCACGGGAAAUAUAAUCGUCGUUGGGCUUAUGGAAGUACUCUCGGAGGCGCACGUCUUCGCCGAAAAGACUGGCCUGGGCAGUGAGAUUUUGGAGGCCAUGAUCCGCGACAUGUUUGGGCCUGUCGCGGCCUCCUAUUCGGCGCGGAUCACCUCGGGGGCGUAUGCGCCGGCGCCCGGGGAGAAAGCCGGGUUCGAUGUGGCGCUGGCGAUCAAAGAUACGAGGCAUGCGCUUGCGUGUGCCGAGGGUGUCGGCGUCAAACUGGAUGUCGCCGAGGCGGCCUCUGGGCAUUUGCAGCUCGCCAAGGAAACGCAGGGUCAGAGGGCAUUGGAUAGUUCGUCCAUGUAUGGCGCUAUUAGGGUCUUGUCGGGGUUGGAUUUCUUGUCAGAUGUGAUCAAGAAGAGGGACACAAAAUCGUAG